UGAAAUGUCAUAUAUGUUAUUUCCAUUCCAGAUCCAACUAGAAAAUAAGCAAUUUUAAUUUUAUUUUAUUUAUAACCUCCUCACUCUCUUGAGAGGGUUUCUGGAAUUGUGAAACAUCAAAUGGCUGACUCAAAGAGAUAAAAAAUGAAGUUUUACGUAUGGUGUUAGAAAAUGACUAGCCAAGUCUUCUCGUUAGCCCCUUUACAAACAGUUUUGUUUAUAAAAACAGGAUACCAGAACUCAUGUCGAAUUCUGCACAAUUUGAGAAAACGAAAUGUUGUAAAAUCAGCACCGCUCAGAUUCCCAAAUCAAAGGCUGUAAACAUAUCCCAAAGCGUUCUAAUAAACGAAACUACAGAUUCUGAGGAAAAUAACUUCCAAAGCGAUAGAGAUGCCAUACUGAAGCCCAUAAGUCAGAAAAAUGACAAAAAACUCAAAGCAGACACUCCUUACUAUUUCGAUCGAGAUGAAAUUAUCGAAAAAACAAUAAAUGAUUUCUAUAAAAAUGGAAUUCUGCCAGUUAUUAAAGCACUGAAAAAUGAACUUUCGUGUCAUCAUGCUAGGUUCAUCGAAUUAAUGAUUAAGCUGACAUUCAACAAAGAUAUGAAGUCAUCAAAACAACUCAUCGAUUUAUUGCCGAAUUUGCUCACUGCUAUGAUAAUAAAACAAAGCGAUAUCGUGAUUGGAUUGGACAAAAUUACACAGAAUAUUGACUCAAUAGAACUUGAUAACCCAAACGCUUCUUUGAAAACCUUACACCUGAUCAAGUUUCUGAUCGACAGAGGGGUGCUCUACGAGACUUACCUGGAGAUGCUUCCUUACGUCUUUUACGAAUGUGUAACAAGGAACUACAAGCUGGUUCAACUAACUCUGAUGCAGUUCAAGGCGUUUGAAAGGGAAAAUGAGGCUCAAAAAACUUCAGAACUCAUGGAUGUUUCAGACUCUGCUCCAAAAGAUGAAGACUACUUCUCAGAACUCCUUAACAUUGGCCCUGAACAGGUUAACGAGCUUGCUGUUUACUCAUUAAGCUAUGAUGAAGAGAUUAAAGAAUAUCUAAAAGAACUUUUAAUUUACAGAGAAAUAUGCCAGGAAGUGAUCGAUGUGCUUUACAGGAACAAUGACGUAGAAUAUAUACUACAAUUCUUCGAGGAAAUUAAAAAGAGAUAUCUAACUCAUGAAUUUCUGCAACUCUACAUCCAGAGGUCAAUAUUCAGGUCAAUCAUUUAUGUGAUGAGGGUUAGUAGAACAUUGGAAGAGUUAAUGCACAUUAUUCCCAAAAGUGUUAUGGAAAUGGCAUUCAUGAGACUACUGGGGGCUGUUCCGAGAAAUUGCGCUGAAAGCACAGAGGCACAGGACUUAUUCUGUAUUUUCUUGGCCCGAUCAAUUGUUGACGGACUAGUGAGUGCGUCGUACAUUAGGAAAAUCAACCGCGUCCACAUUGGAGGUAUUCUUGGUGUAGAGUUAAUUGGCAAAACCAUAAAAUGGGUUAAAUUUAACAAGAACAUUCACAGAGCAAAGGAGGGAAGCAAGCUUGUUAUUCAGUUCCCUAUGGAAAUAGUUUUAAUGAGACGAGUGAAGAUUUUAGGGCUCAUAACACACCUUUUAAGAACAGGACAAGUCUCAGAGUUUCCAAGAAGACUGCACGAAAUCGACACACUAAACAUUGAUGUUGUUUUCACUGUAAGAACUUUGUUAAAGAAGUUUUUAAUGAGGGAAAAUGGACUCGUUUCAAAGGUUACUGAGAUAAUAGAGAUUUUGGUGCAAAAGAAGUUAAUAGAGGGGAAAUUAAUAGGGGCGAUGAUCAAAGAUAUAGCCAAAGUUCUUCACCAGAUUGAUGGUUAUGGAAUUCAUUCGGACAGGAAUCUGUCAAUGCUGAAACAGAGCUUGGCGGAGAAGGGUCUUUUUUAA